UAUUAGGAACAUGUUUUCUUUGCGGUGGAAUUUCUGUUAUGUUAAAAAAUGAGGGGCAACUUGAACAAGAGUUCAGUGCGACUGCUGCACAAGCUAGUUCUAGUUUGAUGACCUUGGCAUGCAUUACUCUAAUUUUGCCUGCUGCAUUCAGCUUUACUGUCAACGAAGAAAGAGAAAAAGACCCUGAAAAUGGAAGUCGUGAAGCCAAACUUGAUCCUGCAAAACAAAGCGCCGACAACAAAUCUGGAAACUCAGAAAGCGAAGAACAAGGAAAUGAAAUCGUAGAAACCACAGAUAACGGAGAACAAAAAAAUAAAAACAAAGAAAGCGAAAACAAGAAAGAGGAAAGCGAAGAAAAACACAUAAGCUCGAUAGCGUCAUUAAUUUUGCUAAUCGCAGCAACUGUGAUUACCGCUUUUUCUGCAGAAUUUCUCGUAGGAUCGAUAGAAGGAAUUGUCAAAUCCCUUGGUAUAAGUGAAACUUUUAUUGGGUUGAUUUUACUACCUAUAGUUGGUAAUGCUGCCGAGCAUGUAACAUCCGUUACCGUUGCAAUGAAUAAUAAAAUGGAUCUAGCUAUUGGUGUUGCUGUUGGAAGUUCAACC